UUUCAAUUUAAAGCUCGAGGUCGGGCCGCUUUUCUAGACAAUCUACCGUCCCCAAGAGGCAGGUUUUCUCUAAUUUCCAUCAUAUUCUUACGUCCGCAUCAUCUGUAUCCCACACGAUGUCGACCCCGAUCCCGCGACCACCGGGUGUGCCCAUCUUGGGCAACAUCAAGAACAUCGACACCAAGAACACCUGGGCGUCCCUCAAGAAGCUAUCCGAGACGUACGGCGAGAUCUUCCAAAUCAAGGUCCUCGGCAAAACGAUGGUGUUCGUCGCUGGUGCCGCCCUCGCGGAGGAACUCUGUGACGAGAAACGAUUCCGCAAGUAUGUCGGAGGACCUAUCGUCGAGAUCCGAUAUGCAGUCCACGAUGCCCUCUUCACGGCCUACGACCACGAGGAGAACUGGGGUAUUGCCCACCGCAUCAUCGCCCCCAAGUUGACAUCGGCAUCUGUGGCGGAGCGCUUCAACGAUAUGCUUAGCACAACAAACGAGCUUCUCGAGAAGUGGAAGGGCCUCGGCGUCAACGCUGAGGUAUCCGCCAUUGGCGAGCUGAAUAGGUUGAACCUUGAGGCCACAACCUUGGCCCUUUUUGGCAAGAAGCUCAACUGCCUUAAUGGACCAGAACACCCGAUGCUUCGAGGCAUGGAGGACUCGACAUCUGAGGCAAUGCAGCGACCCACCCGACCUGGUAUCUUCAACUGGCUCCUCUACGGAAGCAAGUUUAAGCAAGGAAAGCAAGUGAUGCGAGCUUACGCGGAGGAUCUGGUCCAAUACCGAAAGAGCAACCCCUCGGACCGGAAAGAUCUUUUGGCUGCCCUUCUCAGCACAGUGGAUUCCGAGUCGGAGAAAUCAUUGACCCACGCUCAGAUUGUGGAUGAGAUCGUCUCCAUGCCUAUCGGCAGCAGCACGGCGCCGGGUAUGGUCAGUACAGCCAUCUACUUCAUGCUGAAAAACCCGAAUGUCAUCGCCACUGCCCGUGACGAGCUCCAUCGCGUUGUCGGUGACGGCGAGUUGACCUAUACGCACCUGUCGCAGCUCAAGUACAUCGGGGGCAUCGUCCGUGAGUCUCUGCGACUUUCUUUCGCGGCGCCAGGCUUCAACAUUGAACCCAUCCCCAAGGACGGCGACAAGAGCCCCGUGCUACUUGCGGGAGGCCAGUACCAGAUCGCCUACAACCAGCCCAUGAUCAUCGUUCUUGCAGGUGUGAACCGGGAUCCUUCAGUCUUCGAAGAUCCGCUGGCAUUCAAACCUGAGCGCAUGAUGGGCGACAAGUAUGAGCAGCUCCCGUUGAGCGUGAGGAGGUCGUAUGGUAAUGGCAAGCGAGAGUGCAUUGGAAAGCAUUAUGCUUGGUUGUGGAACAUGGUCGUGGUGGCGAAGCUGAUCAACGAGGUUGACUUCACGAUGGCGGAUCCUUCGUAUGUGCUGAAGCAGGAUGGUUGGUUCAACCUGAGGCCGGUGGACUUCCAUGUGAGAGUCAAGACGAGGGUAGACAGUAAGGCGCCUGUACUUUGAGCUGCUUUGGGUCUUUGUAUUGUACCAGACUGGUAUUGAGCGGGUUCUAGAGCGGUCUGACGUUAAUGACUGAUUGAAUUUCAUGGUUGUUCACGCAAAGAUGUCGUUUUGCACUUUCUCGAGG